AUGGUCUUCCUCAAGCUCGUUCGAUAUUCAAAACACGAUAUCCGUACCAGAAUACCGUGGUCACGCCUUGACGCUGAAGAGCAAACUGCUGAGGGCGUCUAUGGGGACGGAGAUGUUACAGGAUUUGAGGGAUGGGUUAGGCCAACGGAUUCCCGGCCGUUCACGAUGGAGGAGGACAUGCAUGAAAACUCAUUGGUGUUCAUUCGUAAACCAAUACAGCAAAACAGGGAUUCAGCUACCCCUUCGUAA